AGCCCUUUCCCUUUCUUCUUUUUUUUCUCCUUCAUUUGGGUCAAGAACAGCAACGAAAGCUUUGAGGAGCUUAGAGCUUGGGUUGUUGUUGGGUCUUUUGUUUUUUUUAUAUAAACACUUCCUCCUUUUCUUCCUUUCAAGUUUGUGUCUCUUUCAACCAACCCCUAAAAUUUCUCUCCCCUUUUCUCUUUCAAAUCCUUCUCUGCUCUUUAUUAUCCACAACUCUUAACAAAAAAAGAACAGAGAGAUUCAAAACUGAGUCAUUGUUAAUGAUGGCAUUGGAAACUGUGGUUUACCCACAAGAUACAUUCAGUUAUGUUUGCAGGGAUUUCAGUUCUUACGCCGGAGGACCACCUUGGGGUACCUACGACUAUGCCUUUCAAUUUGAAGAACAAAAAGCUUUUCUUGGACUCAUUGAAAACCAAACACAGGACCAAAAAUGGGAGCCUUCACCUGACGAAUCUUCAAUCAAUCACCCACUCCCCGGAGGAGGAUCUCUUUACCCGCCGCUGGAGCUAGAGCCAACACCACCACCACCGCCACCAACCACAGGAAGAAGAAAACGACGGCGGACUCGUAGCACGAAAAACAAAGAAGAAAUUGAAAACCAGAGGAUGACUCACAUCGCCGUGGAGCGUAAUCGGCGGAAGCAAAUGAAUGAAUAUCUUGCCGUUCUCCGAUCAUUAAUGCCAUCUUCUUACGUUCAAAGGGGAGACCAAGCUUCCAUUAUUGGUGGUGCCAUUAACUUUGUCAAGGAAUUAGAACAACAAUUACAAUUCAUUAAAGUCCAUAAAGAACAAACUGAUACCUCCCCUUUUGCCGAUUUCUUUUCCUUCCCUCAAUACUCAACUCGUGCCACAACUCAGUCCAAGAACAACAACUCGCCCCAUGACUCAUCCAUUGCUCACACUCAAUGGCCGGCCGGAGACAUUGAAGUCACCAUGGUCGAUACUCAUGCCAACCUUAAAAUACUUUCCCAAAAACGACCCAGGCAGCUCCUCAAAAUGGUGGCUGGAUUUCAAAGCUUGAGACUCACUAUUCUUCAUCUCAAUGUCACUACUUCAGAUCAAAUGGUUCUGUAUUCUCUAAGUAUUAAGGUUGAAGAAGGAUGUCAGUUGAAUACAGUGGAUGAAAUUGCUGCAGCUGUGAAUCAAAUCCUACUUUCAAUUCAAGAGGAAGCUGUUUAUAGCUGACAUUUUAUUUCUAAUCUAUGUGUUUCUCUUUGGAAUGUAAUUUUCUUUAAGAAUUAUCUUCCAUUUUAGUCCUAAGGUGAUCCAACAAUUUUUCCAUGUAAAACAAGCAUAUAGUGUUGGCUCAUUUUCUGAUCUAGUUCAGUUUUAAUUUCAUGAAAUUGGCAAUCAAUUACGUAUUAUUAUCACUGA